UGUUUCUCGAUUGUUAUUUAACUGGUGAAUUUUGUGAAUUUACAAAAGUUUUUGUAACGCUGUCCCAGCAAACUUUCGACUCAUCCGGUUAUCUAGUACAAACGAGUUCAAAAUGGUUCGCAGAUUGAGGAAAACCAAGAAGAAUCAAAAGUUCAACUACAACCGAAAUCGCAAGCGGCUGAACAGAAAAAUGCACAGUACUGGCCAUGUAAAAUGUCCGGAGAUCAAGGAUGCGAUGGACUUCCGGAAGAAUCUCAACACCAACAUCAAGGAAAUGGGACUGGCGUUCGAUGUGAACAAAACUAUUCCGGUACCGAACGCCAAGCAGAACCGUCUCAAGCUGGCCAAGUAUGUCAACGGUUUCCUGGAAGAAGAUGCAUUCGAAACAGAAGCGGACGAGCGGAACCCACCUUCCAAGAUUCACGUUGCCGAAAGGUUGGAAAAGGAUUCCAAAGAGUUUGUGGAGAUUCGAUUCCGGCUGUCGAAGGGCCAAGUCAAGUACAUUACCGGACUGAUAGAUACGUACGGGUUCAACUACAAAGCGAUGGCCGCCGACAAGCGGAACUACGAUCAGGAGACGUGGCGUCAGCUGAGGCAGAAGGUGCGUCGGUUUUUAACCAUUCCGCAGCAGUGUACGCCGUAUCUGGAGCAGAAGGGAUGGCUGGAUUGCGAUAUGAACGAUCCAAGCGAUCCACGGUGGAAGGAGUUCGGCACCGAUGAUGAGGAGUGAUGAAACGAUAUAGGUAUGAUUUACUUUUCUUAUGCAAUACAUGUUAAGCGAA